AUGGGGGAUCUUGAAGUGCAGGCGAAGGAAAAAGCUAAUGAACCCAAGACUGUAAUCGAAAAAGGAUGGAAAGUUCAUCCUGACGACAAGAAUCAAGCUUAUUUUCCCAAAUUCGUCGUCGUUUUUGGCCUCUCCAUUGCCGCUAUCUCGAUUUUGAUGUUACCGGCUGACGUAGCGAACCGGCAAGCGUGUCGUCACGCAAUUUAUAAUGGCGCGUGUAAUCUUACAUUGCCAAUGAAGGAUCUGUGGAUUGCUGUAUACAUUGUUGAUGCUGUGCUUGUUUUUUUUAUUAUUCCUUUCGCGAUGUUUUACUAUGAAGGGGAUCAGGACAAGAGUGUUGCUAAAAGGAUUAAAAGUGCUUUAUUGUGGGUUAUAACGACGGCUAUUGUGUGUGGUCUUGUGCUUGGCAUUUUAUACGGGGUUAUUGGAAAAGUCGACUUCACUGUUAGGCAUCUCUCUUCAACCACAACUACUUUUCCUAGUACUUGGGAUUUCUCUAACAGUCAACCAUGUAUUGGAAGUGGUGCACGCCAGUGCGCUGCAUAUCUUGCAAAUGCUUCCUCAGAGAAAACUUGGACCAUGCGAGCCACAUUUCCAGAAUAUGUUGUUGCUCUUGCUACAAUUGUUGGAUCUGUACUCUUUGCGAUAUUUGGUGGUGUUGGGAUUGCUUGUUUACCAUUGGGACUUAUCUUUUCAUUCAUCCGGCGUCCAAAGGCUGUUAUCACUCGCUCACAGUACAUUAAGGAGGCAACUGAACUUGGUAAAAAAGCAAGAGAACUGAAGAAAGCAGCUGAUGCACUCCAUCAGGAGGAAAGAAGUGGUGCCAAGGGUAGAAAAUGGCGUAAAAAUGUUAAAGCAGUAGAAAAGGAGUUGCUUCAGCUGGAAGAAGAUGUAAAGCUGUUAGAAGAGAUGUACCCUCAAGGGGAGAAGGCUGAGACGGCCUGGGCUUUGACUGUUCUUGGCUACUUGGCAAAACUUGUAUUGGGAUCCUUAGGGUUGAUUGUUUCAGUGGCUUGGGUUGCUCAUAUUAUCGUAUAUCUGUUGAUUGAUCCGCCUCUUUCUCCUUUCUUAAAUGAGGUCUUCAUCAAGUUGGAUGACAUAUGGGGUCUUCUGGGUACUGCUGCAUUUGCUUUCUUCUGCUUCUACCUUUUGCUUGCAGUCAUAGCUGGGGCAAUGAUGCUGGGCCUGAGAUUGGUUUUCAUUACGAUUCAUCCCAUGAAGUGGGGAGCCACUCUAAUGAACUCCUUCCUUUUCAACGUGGGACUCAUUCUCCUGUGCUCCAUUAGUGUGAUUCAGUUCUGUGCCACUGCAUUUGGCUACUAUGCUCAAGCAACUGCAGCUCAAGAAAUUUUUGGCCACACGUUGCAGUCACUUCGUGGAAUUAAAUAUUUGUACAAGGAUGGAGAAGAAAAAAGCCUAGCGGCAGGUUCCAACUUUCCUCGUAAGCAUGUUUUUGACUGGAACUGCAUGCAUCCUCCUUGUAGGCUUCGGAAUUCAGUUGUAUCAUCUGUUUUGGAGUUUGUUUCAUAUUCGGAUAUCUACGGCCCAGUUGUGUUAAUGUUGAAAGGUGUUGAAAAGUGGGCAGAUAUAAUCUGUGAGCUAAUUGGGGUUGCUAGUGGUAGUGGCACGACUCCAUGA